UACAUCUGUCAAAAGGAGAAGUUUCCAUGUGUCUUUUGCUGCUGGUUUUCGCGAAUAUUCCAAUUUAAAAUAAGUUUAUUGGUGUUGAAAUAUCGAGCUACAAACCUAUCCCAAGACUCAACUAACAUGUCCGGAACACAAUCACUUGACAAAAGUGUUGAGCGGCGAACAUUACGGGAUAUUUUGCUGGAUGGAUGUAUUUCAACAGAAAACGGUUUUAUGUUAUGUGCCAUCAACAGUGACUAUGGUUGUAAAUAUCGUCAGAAAUGUGAAAAAUUUGAUCCUGGUAAUUUUAUCAGACAUAUCCGAUGCGAACAUCCGAUUUUGGCAAAGGCACGCGGAUUGGUCAAGGAAGAUGGAAUAGUUCCGGUUAAAAGAAGGAAGGUGUCAAAACUAUCGAUUGUACUUGACCGUCAAAUCCUGCUUGAAGCGGUAAUAAAAUUGGUCACCAUUCACCAUGUUCCUAUACUCUGUGUUGAAUGGGAAGGACUCCGGCUCAUUUUGGAUCCAAUUUGCGAUGCUUUAAAAAUGCAGCUGAAUCGGCCCAAUAUGUUAAACCAUCUGACUGCAGCUGCUGCGAAAAUUCGCUCCGGUAUAGCAAAUGAGGUUAAAGGAAAACUAGUUUGCUUGAAAAUAGACAGUGCUACACGCCUUGGACGACACAUACUGGGAGUCAACAUUCAGUUUUUCCAUCCAGAGCAGAACGACAUCCUCAUCUAUACAAUUGAGCGGUCUUAUAACAAGUAAGACGGGAAGAGGUGGUAAAUCUUCUUCCAGUUGAAAUCGGAAAGUUUCCAAGUUUAAACAAGG